UUGUUUUUUUGCACAGAUGAGCUGCUUUGCUGGAGGGUUUUCUUGUUUAUCUGUUUUAUACCUAUAGCUGUUAAGUCAUCCGUUCUGUCGUUAACCCUCGGAUUUAUGUCGGUAGGUGGUUAGUUAGUUAGUGUAGUGUUAUCAAGCUCGUGCAUUUGUUUUUGAGUGGACAUUAAAAAAAAAUUAUACCAAAUUCGUGGAAAAUACAUCAAAAACUGGAUCUUCUACUAUAUUAGAAUAAAACAUUAGAUAUGCUUAUUUAAGUCGUUGUUGUUACACUUAUCCGUUCGCUAUGUUGUUGAAAGAAAACCAGGUCAGCUUAAGUGUUUUCAUGUCUGUAACGGACUCAAGUGAUGAACCGAUUCGAGCUGCGGUUCCUCCGUCUGUGGAGCUCGGACUCACCAUUGUUUAUACCAUCCUAUAUUCGCUACUCUUUGUGUUUGUUUACUUGCAACUUUGGCUCAUUUUGCGUUAUGAACACAAGCGCUUCAGCUACCAGAGUGUCUUUCUUUUUCUCUGUUUGCUGUGGUCAGCGCUAAGGACUACAUUAUUUUCAUUCUACUUCAAGAACGUUGUCCAAGCAAACCAGUUGCAGCCUUUGCCUUACUGGCUGUUGUACUGUUUUCCAGUAUGCCUCCAAUUUUUCACUCUGUGUCUGCUCAAUCUUUAUUUUGCACAGGUAAUGUUUAAAGCCAAAGCAAAAUAUUCUCCGGAGCUCAACAAAUACAAGCUGCCCAUGCGUCUGGCGUUCAUCUUUGCCAGCCUUUUCUUCCUCGUAGUAAACCUGACAUGCGCCAUGCUGGUGCAGGGGGGCAUAGGGGGUGGCAUGGGGGGCGAGGCGGGCGAGGCAGAGGUGCGGCAGGUGGUGCUGGCCCGGGUGCUGGUCAACGACAGCCUCUUCGUACUCUGCGCCAUCUCGUUGGCUGUGUGCAUUUUCAAGAUUGCCAAGAUGUCCUCGUCCAACGUCUACCUCGAAUCCAAGGGUACGUCAGUGUGCCAAGCUACUGUCAUAGGUGCUGCAGUCAUCCUGCUCUACACGUCCAGGGCCAGCUAUAACCUGGUGGUGGUGGCUCUCUCUCCAGAGAACCGUCCCAGCGCCUUUAACUACAGCUGGUACAACGUCUCUGACCAGGCAGACAUAGAGAAGAUCAGUGGAGAGGCCUACAUCAUCUUUGGGAUCAUCCUCUUUUUCUGGGAGCUGCUACCCACCAGUCUGGUCGUGGUCUUCUUUAGGGUACAGAGGCCCAAUCAGAACCUAGCACCAGGAGGAAUGAUCAACAGUCACAGCUUCAGUUCCAAGGCCUAUUUUUUUGAUAACCCCCGGAGGUACGACAGCGAUGAUGACCUGUCCAGGAGCAACAACUCCAGAGCAGAUCGACCGAAUUUCCUGUCCUCGACGCCCCAGUUGGACCCCAGCUGGUACAGCUCCACCCAGAGGAACGGCAGCCUUACGGGGAUCCCCCAUCUCCCCACCGGCUCCCAGACCUCCACUGCACCCCUUCUCCUAGCCUACGGCAACAUCCAGUCCAACCAGCACCAUAACUACUAUUCCACCCCACAGAACUACUAUUCUACCCCCCAGAAUCACUACUGCACCCCUCAGAACUAACCACCCCCGCCGUCCCCAGUAGAUACCCCUGAAAGUAAUACAGAAAACACUCAGGGAAGGGGCGCUCCUGACCUUCAGCUACAUGGCUACGACCCUCUGGGUUACCCUGGCGAUCCUGUGACUGGCGCUGUGUGGCCUCCCUCAUUCCAGCUUUCGACCCGGUCCCACAACACCAGGGCUACUUAACUACCCGUCUUGUUAUAGGCAUGGUGACUACCAUUGGGAUUUCUAGGGCCAGACGCGGGGAGAUCAUUUGAGGUCAGUGGUGGUUAGGGAAUGGUCAGCUGAGUGAUAUUCUGUUUAUUAAAAAAGCUUUCCAACAUGUCUAUUACCACAGUCCUAAAAACGAGGUCUGCUACCCAAAGGCCCCCGACAUUAUACACCAGGUAGGGUCUCUUUUUCAUCAAUAACUAGAGAACGGGCAGGGCUUGGGUAUCACUAGAUUGAUCACUAACAUUUUGAAGCUGAACCAUUUGUGUGUUCUCUGCUGCGCAGUACAGUCAUAUUUAACUAAGUUCUUCAACCACAUUACACAUAAAACAGGAGAGAUUAUUUCACAGAAAAUAAUAAUGUUCCUUGAGUUUUUUAGGAGUUUAGAGUGAUGAAAAGUAGCCCAAGCAGAGCCAUUGCUAUGGUUACUCAGACUCAGAGCCAUCAUGAGCUGAGCGGAUGCAGAGCGAGUGACAGACGGAGGAGCAGCUAAUGGAUUUACAAACUGAGGAAGUUAUUUCUGAUUUUGGGUUUUUGACAGGGCAUUAAAUUUGGCAGAAGCAAUUGGGCCUGGGUAGUGUAGGGCCUGAACGUUGUGGGCAUGGGUAGGGCUCGGGCUUUACACUCUUGUCCGUGCAGGGCUCUUCCUGGAACAUUGUACUAUUCCUAAGAAGUGUUUGUAAGGAAAGGAUUGUGCUUCUCAGCUUUUCCACACACACACACACUCUAUGUUUGUCGGACAUCAAACAGAAAAGUUAGUCCUCUAUCUCUUUCAAGGACCAGACAAGUACAUGGACCAGCACCCCGCUACCCCCUGCACACAGACUCCCCUCUAAGAGAGGGGAGAGGUGACAUUUGCACUUGAAAAAAUCCCCUCACUUCACAUUCUGAGGACAAGACUCUGUGGCUUUAAUGUCGACUUGGAUCUUUAUACAAUCUCAGACUUUGUGUUCCUUCCCUGGACCAUGUCUCAUUUCCCUGUAAAGACCAGUUGUUAUCUGAGCAAUGAGACAUCCAUGACCAUGUCCUUCUAAACCAGCACCAAAUGGGGCUAGAAUCAUGGGCAAUGCUCUCAGUAUUCGAGCCCAAUGUGCACUGGGACACUGUGGGAAUGGUUAAUACUUUGUGUGUUUGAAUCUUUCACACUGUCAAAGACUGUGUGGAAGAGGAUGGCCACUUUUGCCAAAGAGGGCACAGAUCGAGAGUUGGGCGUAAAAUGUAGUCUCGAGCCUCCAGCUUUCCUAGCUCCUUGGGAACUCAGUUUGGACGAGAGGCCCAUAAUGGAGCAUAGACUGUGGAGAAACAAUACGUUUCUGAAUGAAUUUUCUGAUCUGGACCCAGUAAAGUGAAUGUACGGACUAAGUGUGGAUCGGCGGAGUGAUCAGAUCAAAAUGUUUGUGGUCCAGUUUUAUAGUACAGUAGGCUACUCCUGGCAAAGCCCUAGCAAGGUCCCAGCUCAGUUUGUGUUUUCUUUACAACUCUAAUGGUCAUUGUCACCAGACAGCACAAAAAUAUCUGGGACCAGGCUAACCGGUGACAGAGAGGGAUAGAUGGGCUUAAAGACGCCCUCCCUCUCUUUCUAUAUCUUGACUAUAAUAGUAGCUGUAUCCAUGUGGUAGUUUACAGCAUCAAGAUCACCAUCAUUAGCCUGGACCCAGAUCUGUUUGUUUUGUCUUGCCAGCAACUCUGGUCAUAGUCACCCCAUUGGACAUAAGAGUUGGCAAAAAUAGCACAGACAGAUCUGAGACCAUGCUACAGCACCAUACAAGGACAACAGAAAAUGUGCCACGUCUUGCACAAAAUGCUGUAUAUAUCGAAAAUUAUUAAUAAGCUUUAUGACCACCUACUUAUUUCAUUUUUAACUGGAUUCUGUUUGUUUUUUAUACUCCAUGGCUACUAGUUUGGACUUUUCCAUGUCGAGAUAGUGGUACGGCCCAGGUGUACAGGGCGAGUAUGUGUGUGAAUGUGUUUUCUAAACAUGCUUAUAUGCACAGAAAGUGUUUAGGUAGGAGGUAAGAAAACUGUUGAUCGUCUUUCCUUUCCUGUUACGAUGAGCGAAGGGUGGGAACCCAAGAGCGGACUCGGAAGAGGAAGCCGGGAUGAAUGCACAAAAAGGUUUAUUGAUCAGAGAAUUGGGGAGUGCAGAACCGGGGUAGCUCAGAAAAACCAGGAGUGUAGAGUGAGGUUGGAGUUGGUUGAGUAGAACAGGGGAACGGGUCCUGAGGGGAAUCCAAGGUAAUAGUGGUGAGGGGAAUCCAAAGUAAUAGUGGUGAGUGAAAUCCAGAGCAACGUGGUUGGUGGUGAGAUGUGGAACAGGAGCCAGAGAGGUAACUGCAAGGAGAGGACAAAAAAUGGUGUACGGGAGGAAAACGAGCAAAGCAGAGUAACAGGAUCUUGAGAAUAGACAAAAGGCUAGAGUGAUAACGGACAGAGCAGAGAUUACGAUCUGGCCGAGUGGAGGUGGCAGGGGAGUAUAUGUCGAGGUAUUUAUUAUGGGAUGAUUUUCAGCUGGUAGGGAUCAGCUCUGACUCCAGCACACCUGUUUCCAACCACACAAUCACACCAAGGGAGAGUGUAUACAGGGGGAGAACUGAAGGUUAGGAAGACACCAGAUGAACACCAGAGGGUGUAGUGGGCACAGAUGUGACACUUUCCUUUGUUUGUUACUGUUGAACAGAGUUUUGUGUUUGCAAAAACCUGUUCAGAGAGGGCAAGAGGUAUUGCUCUCUACACAUUUGAUAUGCCUUCUAAUCAUAUUUUAAUGUUUUGUUUUAUUUUGCCAUUGUUUUCUUGUUUCCUUCUAUGAAUGUCUGAGAUCAAGUGUUGUCGUUGUUGACGUUAUACGAGUUAUGUCAAUUAAUAUCUGCUGACGAAUGCAAUCAUAUUUUAAGUAUAUUCUUUUUUUAAAUAUUUUUAUUUACCCCCCUUUUCUCCCCAAUUUCGCUCCAACUCCAACCGAGGUCAGCUUGCAGGCUCCCAGCCCGCCACAAGGAGCUGGGACGAUGAGCAAAGUAAAGCCCCCCCAGCCAAACCCUUCCGAUGCUGCGCCAAUUGUGCGCCGCCCUGUGGGACUCUCGAUCACGGCCUGUUGUGACACAGGCCGGGAUCGAACCUGGGUCUGUAGUGACACCUCAAGCACUGCGAUGCAGUGUCUUAGACCGCUGUGCCACUCGGGAGGCUUUGUAUGUAUAUUCUAUGCUAUUUUCUCCCAACAUCUCUGCGUUUGGGACUGUCAAUGCAUCAUAUGGCUGAUGUCACUUUUUGACCUUUGGUGCUGUGGUGGUCAUACAGGAAAUGUCCAGUUCGACAGGAAGUGAAAACAAGUCGCUUUGGAUAAAAGCGUCUGCUAAAUGGCAUAUAUUAUUAUAUAUUAUAUUAUUAUUAUAUAUUAUAUAACCCACAGAGAAUGAUAGAGGCCUCUAGUGGCCAAAAGGCUGUUUUAGCAUGGGCACCGCUAUUGAGGGCUUCCCCCAUUUUAAUGUAGGCAAUUGGCUGGGACUUCCAUCUUCAUUAGCUGAUCCUUCCUGAUGACCCGGUUGGAGUCAUUUCCAACUGGGUCAUUAGGAGGGAUUAGCCAAUUGAAAAUGUACUAUUUUAAAAGAUAGCCUUAAUGGAGCUGCUGUCUAUUACCCUAGAAUGGCACAGAUACACAUAUGAGUCCUCUAUCUGUAUAGUAUACCCGCAGGUUGAACUUCCUCUCACCCUCCCAGGGCCAUAAGCCAAUUCCGGCCAGCCAGGGGAACUGCUUUAAAGAUUUUUAUUGUAUUUUAUUCCCCCUUUUCCUUAAAAAAAAUGUAGAGGUGGAUUCUGCAGGGUAAUGGAUUUGGGUGUAGGAACAAACAGAUGGUUGUCUUUCCUUUAAUUUGCUUUGGAGUCUCAAACUAAGUUGCAUAUGUGUGUGAUGGUUGCAGCAAAUCUCUGUCAGUAAGCAAAAGCGAGCAAACCGCUAUAAUCAAUGGGAAAAUACUGGCAAAUGUUGAUAUUUUCACCCUUAUAUCCAAGAACAUACAUCUCUGGCAUGAUUGCAAAUUAUCCUUACUUAAAGAGAUAGUCAGAUGAAAUCGUGGAUAACAUUUUGUAUGUCUUUGCGUCCAGUAUGAAGGGAGUUAGAGGUAUUUUUGUGAGCCAAUGCUAGCUAGCGUUAGUUCAAUAGACUAUUGCUAUAACGCUAGUUGGCAAUUACGCUAUCGCUAGUCGGCAACUUCCUUCAAACUGAACACAGAGACACAAAAAUGGUAUGCAUGGGUUCAUCUGACUCUGGGGGAGUAGAUAAAGGGCUUAUUUGCAAAAAUAUUCAACUAUCUGUUUAACAGCAACUUAUGUUCAAAUGUAUGAGUUGAAAGUAUUGUAUUUUUUUUGCUGAUUUUGUUUCUGUGAAAUCUAUUGCUAUAUAAGCUCUUGUGUCUAGCAAAGAGCAGGUUUAGCCUUUUAUAAUAAUUAUAAUUUGUCUCAAAUUCUUUAUUGGUGGCCAAUGAAUGUAACAUAUUUACCCAUCUUUCAUAGAUCACUAAAGAUGUUUGCAAGCACUACCCUGGUAAAAUAAAGCUUUUCAUCUGAACACACAAGGUAUAACAAAAGUCCUCUGCAGAACUAGAGGCUGCCUUCAAGGGCAUGAUAGAGCCCCACUGUGAAGAAUAAUAAUACCCCAAAAACCUAGCGGUCAAACAGGGAAAUGGUUCCAUUUGUUUUCCACCCUUCAUUUUUCCCAUAGGGGGUUUUAGAAACACUUAAAAUAAGGGCUGUGUUUCAUGUAGGCUUUACCCUGGCAUGAAGUUUUUAUAACCAUGUAAAUCUCUCAGACAAGGUGACUUUCGUCAAUAUAUUUGGCUCUAUUUACUCUGAUUCGAAAAUGCUAUCAAAGUAGACAUCAUGAAAAACUACAAAUCCCUGCAAACUCCCAAUUGAUUCAUUACUACAUUUAGCUAACAUUAGAUAGUGCCACAUCUACUCCCGCUAUAGAUAGUUAAUCCAGAUAUCCUUACCUUUGCCUCAAUUUUGGCGGUCUCAUCCAGAUCAUCAUGGCAUUUGGAGUUUUUUUUAGGAUAGCCACAUUAGCAGCUAAUUAGUAUUUCUAUUUGGGGAGGUAAAUACAGACGAAUCUAUUGAUAAAAGUCACCUUGUCCUGAAGAGAUUUACACAGUUAUCAACACAUAAUUCCAGGGUAAGCCUACAAGAAACACAGACUUUAUUUUAAGUGUUUCUAAAAUGGUGGGAAAUGAUUGGAACCAUUUCCUUGUUUGACCCUGAGGUUUUAUGGAUAUUAUGACUCACAUUGUGGUACUCUAUACAAAGCAAAAUAACAAAGAGGGGGUGUAUUUAUCAAAACAUGCAAUGAACACCGUUUUAAAUAGUUUUGCAACAGAAAAUGAACAUUUGCAUUUCUUAUUUGAUGUCCAGGUAGUCUCUCCCUGUUUCGUUGUGUUUUGAACACAAUGAACACAGUCCAGUUCUCUGAAGGCUCAAGAACCCUCUGGUUAACAAUGUGACUGCAAUUGAUAAAUCAAACAUAAAUAUGAAUCGCCCACUUUCUUUGAUGGUGCAAACCAUAACCAGUGCGUUAAGAGUUGGUUUGCAUUCCUAAGUCCUGACCAACAUUAUCAGCUCACAGAGGUUUCUCUGGUCUGUGAACGACUAUGUCGAAAUUGGGUUUUGUGUCUUGGCUGAACCCUCGACUACGAUUCAAUUAUAUGUGUUUUAAAGCGGAUCAGGUUUGAGCUCCUGUGUGUUUUGACAAGACUGUUCAAUCCACUGUAUUUCCACUCAUCUCUGAUUUAAGAUGUAUGAUCAAGAUUUGGCUUCACAGAUUCGCAUCUAAUCAUGCAACUGAUGUUGAUCCAUAAUCAACACCCUUCUGCCUUUACCAAUAUUCACGAGGAUGCUCAAGCAUGUGGUCAAAACGGUCAGUGUGAGGAGUUAUCAAAGCCAGUGUUUUGCCUCACUUGGAACAGAGGAAACCAACAGAGGAAACCUGCAGCAGAUAGGCAAUGAAAUCCAUUAUGAAAGCGUUGUUUGUGUACUGGUGAUGGCGCAUGUAAAGUAUAUAAUCCUUGAUGUGCUGGAGGAGGAUUGGAAAUGACAAUGAUAAAUGUGUAUCAUUUCAAAGGCUACUGACCUUGAUAGGGAAAAGAUAGCCGCACAUUCAUCUCUUCUUUAUUUUACUAACAUUUUGGCUAAAAAGCCUUCAUCAGAGUAUUUCACCCUGAUUUAAGAGACUUAUAUGAAACCGUGAAGAUGAUUGCCACUCAGAGAUUAGCCUAAAGAUUGGAAGGUUGGGGGUUCAAUCCCUGGGUGAGUCAUAACCAAAGAAGACUCAACACCUCUUUGCUUGGCACUCAGCAUAAGGCCGUGCGAUAGACCAGCUUCUUGACCAUGGGGUGUACUUGUACAUUAAGCAGCCUCUUGCUACAGGAAUAGGAGAUUGGGCAAGCUAUUUACUCUUACAGCAAGAAGAGAUGAGUGUGCGACUUAAUUUUUUAUUUGUAUAGUAUCUUUCGCUAGUCUGCACCUCACCAAAAGGGUGUGUGUUCUUUAUGUUUUACUUAACAGAUUGUGUACAGACCUAUAUUUAUUUCAGUCAUAGAAAAUAAUCUCUACAUCAAAUUACAUUCAGUUACCUUACAGCCAAUCUGCCAUUGAGAAAGAUUGGAUAAGCACUUUGAAAGGCCCUGAGAAGUGUACACAUUCUAUCAAUGAUUGGUCAACACGUUUUACAUGUGUAUACAAAAUAUUUCAUGUGAGUAACAUUCACCAUUCACCAAUAAAUUGAUUAUGAAAAGCUA